ACUUCCUUUUGGAUUCCGACCCCCCACCCCCUCCUCCCCCCGGCAUCCUGCAGGAGCGAUUGCUGGGCCGGUGGAACUGCAGGGAGAGCGUCUUGCAAAGGAGCCAGUUGUAGCCAGCGAUCAAAAUGGAGGGGCAGAACAUGACAGAACCCAAAUCUAGGGAGAGACUGACAGCAGGAGGCAAAGAUAUUCACAUUGUCCAAGUUGGGAGGAUGGGGACGUUCCCGACAGGGGUGACGCCACCCCAAAUUAAACAGGAACCAGAUGAGGGGCCACAGCAAGGCUGGGGAACUCAGCGGCAGGAAUUCCUGAAGACAACGGAGAAGACUCCAUAUUCAGGAUGGGGAGACACUCAGCUUCUGCAGCCCCUGUCAGAGAACAGGACCACAGAAUUUCAUGGCUCUUCUAAGGGAGUAGGUGAUGCCAACCGGUGGCCAAGAGAAGAAGGUCCCACUCAAUCCCUGUUAGGCCUGAGUGGGCAAGAAGACCAUGAGGCCUACGAAAGCCUGGAUUCUUCUGUGGAAGUGAAGGAAGAGAUUCUGGAUGAAGUGGACGCUGCCAACUUGGAGCUGCGGUGUCAGCGGUUCAGGCAGUUCUGCUAUCGGGAGGCUGAGGGCCCCAGAAAGAUAUUCUGCCAGCUCUGGGAACUUUGCCACCAAUGGCUGAAGCCAGAGAAACAUUCAAAGGAACAGAUUCUAGAGCUGGUGAUCCUGGAGCAAUUUCUGAUGAUCCUCCCUCUGGAAAUGCAGUGCUGGGUCAGGGAACGCGGCCCUGAGACCUGCGCCCAGGCGGUGAACUUUGCUGAGGACUUUCUGUGGAGGCUGCCAGAGGCCGAGGGAUCGGAACAGAAGAUACCUGACGAUGGGGAUGGUUUGGUAGCUGAUUCGCCCAAGUCGGAGCUGGACCCAUCAGACAUCGUGAAGAUUGAGCUCUCAAUGGAUAACUUGCAAGAGGGAGACCAACAACAAUAUUUUCUUGGUGAAACGGGUGAAUUGCAAGAGGGCGUUCGUGGCUCUGUGAGAAGAAAGACCGGUUUUGACAGUGGAAAAAGCCUUCGUCCACCCUCUGACCACCUUCCCAAGAACCAGAAGGCACAACUGAAAGAGAAGCCGUAUAAAUGCUCGUACUGUGGGAAAAUCUCAGAUUGCAGAGCACACCUGAUCAUCCAUGAGAGAACCCACACAGGGGAGAAGCCACAUAAAUGCUCUGUCUGUGGCAAGAGUUUCACUCGGAAAGAGUCUCUCAUUAUCCAUGAGAGAUUUCACACAGGAGAGAAACCCUAUAAGUGCUCAGUGUGCGGCAAAACCUUCAGUGAUAAAAUUGGCCGUCUUAUACAUGAGAGAACCCACACGGGAGAAAAACCAUAUAAAUGCACUGAGUGUGGGAAAAGUUUUGGAACUCGCUGUAACCUUCUAAGGCAUAGAAGGGUGCACACAGGAGAGAAACCGUAUAGAUGCUCAGAUUGUGGGCAAAGCUUCAGAUACAGACCACAACUCGUGAUACAUGAGGGGACCCACAAAGGUGAGAAACCAUAUAAGUGCCCAGACUGUGGAGAAAGCUUCAAUCAAAGUCGGCACCUUGUUAUUCACAAGUGGACCCACACCGGAGAGAGACCGCAUAAAUGCUCCAUCUGUGGCAAAAGCUUCAAUCAAAAAUCAGACCUCAUUACCCAUACAAGAACCCACACAGGAGAGAAACCGUAUGUGUGCUCAGAGUGUGGGAAAAGCUUCAUUUCAAGUUGCCAGCUCCGCAAACAUGAAAGAAUCCACACGGGCGAGAAACCAUACCAAUGUUCAGAGUGUGGCAAAUGUUUCACAUACAGCUCUCACCUUACAACCCAUAAAAGGACGCACACGGGAGAGAAACCAUACCAAUGUCCAGACUGUGGCAAGUGCUUCAUCUCCAGCUCUCACUUCACAGCACACAGAAGGACGCACACAGGAGAGAAACCGUAUCAGUGUUCAUACUGUGGAAACAGCUUCAUUCAAAGAUCACAGCUUGCAAAACACGAGAGAUCCCAUACGGGUGAAAAACCGUAUAUAUGUUCAGAGUGUGGGCAAAGCUUCCGGUGGAGCCAAGGGCUUAAAAAACACAUGAGGACUCACACAGGAGAGAAGCCUUAUAAAUGCUCACAGUGUGAGAAAACAUUCACCAGUUCCUCUAAUCUUUCUAGACAUCAGAAAAUACAUGCAAGGGAGAAACCAUAGGGACCCUGACUGAAGAGACUGUACAGUUUUGUAAAUGCUUAGAUGGCGGGACAAUGUAUUGGGUGGACAGAAGAAAACCACACCAAAGGAGAAACUUUCCAUUGUGCCAAAAGAUUCAAGAAUACUCUCACACCUUGCAGGAAAUUCGCACUGUAAAUAGAAUCUUGGCAAAACUUUACUGGGCACUAAGUUCCUUUGAUAGCUCCCGGUAUCCUCGUCCUCAGAGAAUCUGGUGUACUCACAAAACUUGAAUUUGGUUCAUUGCCUGUUCUAAGAGUUGAACACCCCAAAAUGUGAUGCCUAAGGAACUUGAAAGGCGGAUUUUAGCUCUUGUACAGGGUUGGUGUCUUAAGAAGUUGUUACUGGCAUUAAGAGAAGUUUUGUUUAGGAACUUGUAAAGUAUUAUUCCACCUAUCUUGCUGAAUGUAUGCAACCACUGGGAAUAAUUUCAUUUCAUCAUCAUGGGGUAUUUUUAGAGCUUGGCAUUUGUGUAUACCUGUUUUGUGUUCCUAUUCUACUUUCAACCAUUGUUCCCUGCCCAGAACUGAAGAGGCUUGUAUUGGCCAAGACUGUAAACUGUGUAAGUUCAAGUUUUAGGAGAUGUGAUUGACUGUAGGUUUUGUGUUUAAAUUUGUUUCUGAUCCUCAUUAAAUUCAACAGUGCCAUGU